CGCCUGGGCAAGUCAAGAUGGCGGCGGCGGAGGGGAGCGGCGGUGUUGGCGGGCCGUUGUUUCCAGGUCUCGCAGAUGUGUCAAUAUCUGAAGACAUUCCAGUGGAAGGGGAGAUUACUGUUCCCGUGGGAUCCCACUCUCCUGAUGAUGACUACUCCACACUGGAUGAGCCUGUUAGGGAUACUAUUAUGAGAGAUCUGAAGGCCGUUGGGAAGAAAUUUGUCCAUGUCAUGUAUCCAAAGAAGAGUAGUGCCCUCCUCAGAGACUGGGAUCUUUGGGGCCCUUUGGUGCUUUGUGUCUCACUUGCGCUGAUGCUUCAGGGUGGAUCAGCAGACAGUAAAGACGACGGAGGCCCCCAGUUUGCUGAGGUCUUUGUCAUCAUCUGGUUUGGUGCAGUUGUCAUCACACUAAACUCAAAGCUUCUCGGAGGAACUAUAUCUUUUUUUCAGAGCCUGUGUGUUCUGGGUUACUGUGUCCUCCCCCUGACAGUGGCGAUGCUGGUCUGCAGGCUGGUUCUGCUGGCAGGGUCUGGGACUGUCAGCUUCAUUAUACGGCUUAUUGUAGUUGUAGCAAUGUUUGGUUGGUCAACGUUAGCAUCUACAGCUUUCCUGGCAGACAGUCAGCCUCCGAACCGCAAAGCUCUUGUUGUGUACCCCAUCUUCCUCUUCUACUUUGUUAUCAGCUGGAUGAUUCUCACCUUUACACCUCAGUGAUCUCUGCUCAGAAGAGACUGUGUAAUACGGACUGAAGUUUUUUCAUGAACGCUGCUGCAGUUAAUCGUUGGCUUUAUCUCCUUCUAAUUUAUAUAUAUAGAGAUAUUGUAAAAAAGGCAGGUUAUGGGAUAAAGCCAGAGAACUGCAAAAA